GAGAACUUCCUGAGGAAAAUGAAGCAGGAGGAGCUGGCUGAUCGACUGCAGAAUAGAUCUCCUGCUGUUGUUUGUCAACAUCAAGUCCAAUCUGGUCUGAAGAAGAAGUUCCAGUGUGUGUUUGAGGGAAUUGCUAAAGCAGGAAACCCAACCCUUCUGAAUGAGAUCUACACAGAGCUCUACAUCACAGAGGGAGGAACUGGAGAGCUGAAUGAAGAACAUGAGGUCAGACAGAUUGAAGCAGCAUCCAGGAAAGCAGACAGAGCAGAAACAAGCAUCAGACAAGAAGAGCUCUUUCAACUCCCAGCUGGAAGACAAGAACCAAUCAGAACCGUGAUGACAAAGGGAGUGGCUGGCAUCGGGAAAACAGUCUUAACACAGAAGUUCACUCUGGACUGGGCUGAAGGCAAAGCCAACCAGAACAUCCACUUCAUAUUUCCAUUCACUUUCAGAGAGCUGAAUGUGCUGAAAGAGGAGAACUUCAGCUUGGUGGAACUUGUUCAUCACUUCUUCCCUGAAACCAAAGAAGCAGGAAUCUGCAGCUUUGAAGACUUCCAGAUCAUCUUCAUCUUUGAUGGUCUGGAUGAGUGUCGACUUCCUCUGGACUUCCACAAGACUCAGAUCCUAACUGACCCUAGAAAGUCCACCUCAGUGGGUGAUCUGCUGACAAACCUCAUCAGGGGGAACCUGCUUCCCUCUGCUCGCCUCUGGAUAACCACACGACCUGCAGCAGCCAAUCAGAUCCCUGCUGAGUGUGUUGACAUGGUGACAGAGGUCAGGGGGUUCAAUGAUCCACAGAAGGAGGAGUACUUCAGGAAGAGAUUCAGAGAUAAAGAUAAGAUCAGAGGGAUCAUCUCCCACAUCAAGAGAUCCCGAAGCCUCUACAUCAUGUGCCGCAUCCCAGUCUUCUGCUGGAUCACUGCUACAGUUCUGGAGGAUCUGCUGAAGAGCAGAGAGGGAGGAGAGCUGCCCAAGAGCCUGACUGAGAUGUACAUCCACUUCCUGGUGGUUCAGGCCAAAGUGAAGACGGUCAAGUAUGAUGGAGGAGCUGAGACAGAUCCUCACUGGAGUCCAGAGAGCAGAAAGAUGAUGGAGUCUCUGGGAAAACUGGCUUUUGAGCAGCUGCAGAAAGGAAACCUGAUCUUCUAUGAAUCUGACCUGACAGAGUGUGGCAUCGAUAUCAGAGCAGCCUCAGUGUACUCAGGAGUGUUCACACAGAUCUUUAGAGAGGAGAGAGGACUGUACCAGGACAAGGUGUUCUGCUUCAUCCAUCUGAGUGUUCAGGAGUUUCUGGCUGCUUUUCAUGUCCACCUGACUGUAUUCACCUCUGAAGUCAACAUCAUGGAAGAACAGAAGAUAUCUUGGUUCUCUGGACUGUUUCAAAUCAGUCCAGCCCAGUUAUACCAGAGUGCUGUGAACAAGGCCUUACAGAGUCCAAAUGGACACCUGGACUUGUUCCUCCGCUUCCUCCUGGGUCUUUCAUUGCAGACCAAUCAGAGUCUCUUACGAGGUCUGCUGACACAGACUGGAAGUAGCUCACAGACCAAUCAGAAAACAGUCCAGUACAUCAAGGAGAAGAUCAGUGAGAAUCUGUCUGCAGAGAAAAGCAUCAACCUGUUCCACUGUCUGAAUGAACUGAAUGAUGGUUCUCUAGUGGAGGAGAUCCAACAGUUCCUGAGUUCAGGACGUCUCUCCACAGAUGAACUGUCUUCUGCUCAGUGGUCAGCUCUGGUCUUCAUCUUAUUGUCAUCAGAAGAAGAUCUGGAAGUGUUUGACCUGAAGAAAUACUCUGCUUCAGAGGAGGCUCUUCUGAGGCUGCUGCCAGUGAUCAAAGCCUCCAACAAAGCUAUAUUGAGUGGCUGUAAAUUGUCAGAGAGAAGUUGUGCAUCUCUGUCUUCAGUUCUCAGCUCUCAGUCCUCCAGACUCAGAGUUCUAGACCUGAGUAACAACAGCCUGCAGGAUUCAGGACUGAAGCUUCUGUCUGAUGGAUUGAAGAGUCCACACUGUAUACUGGAGACACUCAGGUUGAAGGACUGCAGUUUGACAGAGAUCAGCUGUAAAGCUCUAGGUUCAGCUCUGAAGUUUAACCCAUCCCAUCUGACAGAACUGGACUUGAGCUGGAACAAGCUGCAGGAUUCAGCAUGUUGUCAUCUUUGUGGUUUUCUGAAGAGUUCAGACUGCAAACUGCAGACUCUGAGGUUGAUGAACUGCAGUUUGACAAAGACCAGCUGUGAAGCGCUGGGCACAGCUCUGAAGAACAACCCGUCCAAUCUGACAGAACUGGACUUGAGUGGGAACAACAACCUUCAGGAUUCAGGAUUUUUCCAUCUGGAUGGUUUUCUAAAGAGUCCAAGCUGCAGAUUGCAGACUCUGAGGCUGGAGAACUGCGGUUUGUCAGAAAAAUGCUGUGAAGUUCUGGGCUCAGCUCUGAAGAUCAACCCAACCAAUCUAACAGAACUGGACCUGAGCCACAACAAGAACCUUCAGGAUGUUGGAGUCUUUUAUCUGCACAGUUUCUUUAAGAAUCUAGGCUGGAGACUUCAGACUCUGAGAUUGAAGGACUGCAGUUUGUCAAAUAUCAGCUGUACUACUUUGGUCUCAGCUCUGAAGUCCAACCCCUCCCACCUGACAGAACUGGACCUGAGAAACAAUGACCUGAAGGAUUCAGAUGUUCAGGAGCUCCAGGAUCUGGUGAAGAAUCCAAAAUUCAAUCUGCAGACUCUGAGGUGGAGGGACUAAAUUCUCUGCUCCUCCUGAUGGUCUGCAGAGAAGUUCUGUCUGGACAGUGUUCCUGGGAGAUGGAGAGCAGAGUGACAGAGGAAUGGAAGAAGGUGGAGAUGAGUCUCAGAGCUCAACUGUGUCUCUCAGAAUCAAGUUUACAGUUGUUGAGCUACAGCCCCCCUGCUGGACUGAUGGAAACCUGCACUUCAUCUUCUCAUUGUAACUUAGGGGGUUGGGCAGUCUUCUGCUUAUGUAGAAGUGUGUUCAGUGUGUAAUUCAAAAUUGUAUUCUUCUUUUUCAUGUUGAAUCUUUACCAGACCUUUAUAUCCACACAAAUUAGACUAAGAUUUCCUGAUAAAAAGUUGCUGCCCUCCUAGAGCCGACAGGACAUUUUCUCCAGAAACUCCAAAAUCUGGAAUAGGGCUGCAGUUUAACUGAGAGGUGAAGAGUUCAAUGAUCAUUUUAAUCAUACUGUUUAUUUUUAGAAGCAAACAAACAUUUAACUUUUUUGUUGGUUUAUUGUUUUGUUUUAUAUUGAGCUUUUUUUGUCUAAUUUUUAAAAAUCUAUUUGAAUUAUUUUUUUGUUUCAUCAUGUCCCAUUAAGAAUGCUUUCCUCGGCUUUUUAAAAACUGGUAUGAAGACUUUCCAUUAUCGUGAUGCUCAAAUUCUUAGAUGAUUCAGUGUAAAAGUGCUGAGCAAAAAGAGGAGGUGGAUUUUUUUCUGUUGUUUGUGCAGAAACAUGUGUUCCAGGAUCUUAUUAGUUGGAGAUAGUUAUAACCAGAUAGUUAAAAAUGUAAUAUAUCACUCAUUAUGAACUCUGACAAAAAUGUCAACUAUAAUGUUCUUUGCUUAUUGAAAGUUUAUUUUCCAUUAUUCCAUAGUCAUACACAUUAUUCUUUUGUGCACCUUGGGAGAAUGUUCUUUUUUAUAUCUACUUUUAAAUAUUAUCACCUUAUAUUUCUAAAUAUAUUUAAUAAGGUUUUGACAAGAUUAUCAACAUUGGGUGACCCAUUGAUUAGAUUGAAGAUUUAUGUUUUAUACAUGUGUAUGUGGGUCAGGGAAAGACACAAUCAGGCGUUAGAUUCUGUUACUGUCUCUGUAACUGGGAAAAACAUUUGAACCAGAACUCUGGAUUACAAUAUUUUGAUAAGAAAAU